CCACGGCAUUAGUGCUGGUUGGAGGGAGAGGGGGGUGUGGAGCCAGCCAGGCCGCCUGUUCCCACAGCCGCAAGCUGAGCGUGCUGCCAUGGCGCUGGCCAGGCCGGGGACCCUGGCCCCCAGGCCCCAGGCCCCUCUCCUGCUGCAGCUGCUGCUCUUGAGUCCUGCCCUGGCCCUCCUGGGUGGAACGGUGCCAUCGGAGACCCCAAGUGUCUGUGCCUCAGACCCGUGCGCUCCAGGGGCCGAGUGCCAGGCUAUGGAGAAUGGUGGCUACACCUGUGGGCCCACAGAGCCCCGGGGUUGUGCCAGCCAGCCAUGCCACCAUGGCGCUCUGUGUGUGCCCCAGGGGCCAGAUCCCGAUGGCUUCCGCUGCUACUGCGUGCCCGGAUUCCAGGGCCCACGCUGUGAGCUGGACAUUGACGAGUGUGCAUCCCGGCCCUGCCACCACGGGGCCACCUGUCGCAACCUGGCUGAUCGCUAUGAGUGCCACUGCCCCCUUGGCUAUGCAGGGGUGACCUGCGAGACGGAGGUGGACGAGUGUGCCUCGGGGCCCUGCCUGCACGGGGGCUCGUGCCUGGACGGCGUGGGCUCCUACCGGUGCGUGUGCGCGCCGGGCUACGGGGGCGCGAGCUGCCAGCUGGACCUGGACGAGUGCCAGAGCCAGCCGUGCGCGCACGGGGGCCGGUGCCACGACCUGGUCAACGGGUUCCGGUGCGACUGCGCGGACACGGGCUACGAGGGCGCGCGCUGCGAGCAGGAGGUGCUGGAGUGCGCUUCGGCUCCCUGCGCAAACAACGCGUCCUGCCUUGAGGGCCUCGGGACCUUCCGCUGCCUCUGCUGGCCAGGCUACAGUGGCCAGCGGUGCGAGGUGGAUGAGGACGAGUGUGCGUCGGGCCCCUGCCAGCAUGGGGGACAGUGCCUGCAGCGCUCAGACCCAGCCCUCUACGGAGGCGUCCAGGCUGCCUUCCCCGGCACCUUCAGCUUCCGUCACGCUGAGGGUUUCCUAUGCCGCUGCCCUCCGGGCUUUGAGGGGGACGAAUGUGACGUGGAUGUGGACGAGUGUGCCUCACGGCCAUGCCUCAGUGGAGGCCGCUGCCAGGACCUGCCCAAUGGCUUCCAGUGCCACUGUCCGGAUGGCUACACAGGCCUGACGUGUCAGGAAGAUGUGGACGAAUGCCUGUCGGAGCCCUGCCUCCAUGGCGGGACCUGUGAUAACACCGUGGCAGGCUAUACCUGCUGGUGCCCGGAGACCUGGGGCGGGCACGACUGCUCUGUGCAGCUCACCGGCUGCCAGGGCCACACUUGCCCACCCGCUGCCACCUGCAUCCCCAUCUUCAAGUCUGGGCUCCAUAGCUAUGCCUGCCGCUGCCCACCUGGUACCCACGGACCUUUUUGUGGCCAGAACACCACCUUCUCUGUGGUGGCUGGGAGCCCUGUGCGGGCCUCGGUGCCAGCUGGAGGUCCCCCGGGUCUGGCACUGAGGUUUCGCACCACACUACCUGCCGGUGCCUUGGCCACUCGCACUGACACUCAGGACAGCUUGGAGCUGGCACUGGCGGGGGGCACGCUUCAGGCCACACUCUGGAGCCAUGGCAACGCCACCGUGCUUCCCCUGGGGCCGCUGGACCUGGCCCUAAAUGAUGGCCACUGGCACCAAGCCGAGAUUUCGCUCCGCCCGGGGGUCCUGGAGCUGCGGCUCUGGCAUGAGGACUGCCCUGCCCGGCUGUGUGUGGCUUCCAGUCCUGUGGCCCCAGCUCCCGUGGCUUCCGCGGCCCCGACGCCUGCCAGGUUCUGCUCCGCCCAGCUGGGUGGCGCAGCCUUCGAGGGCUGCCUCCAGGACGUGCGUGUGGACGGUCACCUCCUGCUGCCCGAGGAUCUCGGCAAGAAUGUCCUCCUGGGCUGCGAGCGCCGUGAACAGUGUCAGCCUCUGCCUUGUGCCCAUGGAGGGGCCUGCGUGGACCUGUGGACUCACUUCCACUGCAAAUGCCCCCGGCCCUACAGUGGUCCUACAUGUGCUGAUGAGGUUCCUGCUGCCACCUUUGGCUUGGGGGGCACCCUGAGCUCUGCCUCCUUCUUGCUCCACCAGCUGCCAGGCCCCAACCUCACCGUGUCCUUCCUCCUCCGUACUCGGGAACCUGCUGGCCUGCUGCUCCAACUUGCCAAUGACUCAGUAGCUGGGCUAACAGUAUUCCUGAGCAAGGGCCAGAUCCAGGCUGAGGUGCUGGGCGGGCCCGCUCUGGUGCUCCCUGGGCGCUGGGAUGAUGGGCUCCGCCACCUGGUGACGCUCAGCUUCGGGCCUGACCAGCUGCAGGGCUUGGGGCAGGAGGUGCACGUGGGUGGGAGGCUCCUCCCUGCGGACGCCCAGCCCUGGGGUGGGCCCUUCCGAGGCUGCCUCCAGGACCUGCGACUCAAUGACCUCCACCUCCCAUUCUUUCCGCCGCUGCCGGGGAACUCAAGCCAGCCCGGCGAGCUGGACAGCAGGCAGUCCUGGAACCUCACCAUGGGCUGCGUCUCCGAGGACACAUGCAGUCCUGACCCCUGUCUCAAUGGUGGAAUGUGUCUCGUCACCUGGAAUGACUUCCACUGCACCUGCCCUGUCAACUUCACGGGGCCAACAUGUGCCCAGCGGCUGUGGUGUCCUGGCCAGCCCUGCCUCCCGCCUGCCACCUGCGAGGAGGUCCCCGAUGGCUUUGUCUGUGUGGCCGAAGCCACGUUCCGCGAGGGCCCCGCCGUCGCUUUCAGCGGGCACAACGCGUCGUCGGGGCGCUGGCUCAGCGGCCUCUCGCUGGCCUUCCGCACGCGCGACUCCGAGGCCGGGCUGCUGCGCGCCGCCGCGGGCGCCCACACCGUCUGGCUGGCAGUGCGCAACGGCUCCCUGGCGGCGGGCGUGCGCAGCGGCCGCGGCCUGCCCGGGGCGGUGCUGCCGGCGUCGGGGCCGCGCGUGGCCGACGGCGCCUGGCACCGCGUACUGCCUGUCCUGCCAGAGGCGUGCAGCUUGAACUUCACCUGCCUCAAUGGUGGCCCCUGUGAGGGUGGGCCCCGGGCUGCCAACUGCAGCUGCCAGGAAGGCUUUGCUGGCCAGAGAUGUCAGAUCCCCUGUGAAGCCAACCCCUGCUUGAACGGGGGCACCUGCCGGGCAGCCGGUGGGGUGUAUGAAUGUAUCUGCAGUGCGAGGUUCUCAGGCCAGUUCUGUGAAGUGGUGAAAAGCCUGCCGCUGCCACUGCCGUUCCCGCUGCUGGAGGUGGCGGUGCCCGCGGCCUGCGCCUGCCUCCUCCUCCUCCUCCUGGGCCUCCUCUCAGGGAUCCUGGCGGCCAGGAAGCGCCGCCAGUCAGAGGGCACCUACAGCCCGAGCCAGCAGGAGGUGGCUGGGGCCCGGCUGGAGAUGGACAGUGUCCUCAAGGUGCCGCCUGAGGAGAGACUCAUCUAGGCCUGCCUGGCUGCGGGCUCUGGCACCUGCGAGGUGCGCCUACCUGAGGACCCAAGGAAGCCGCUUCCAGGAGCCUGCAGGGAAGUGGCUGGCCUCUUACCAGCCUUGGGGAGCUGCCGGAGAGCCUGGGAGACCUGCUGGGCAAGUGUCACCUUUGCCGGCAGCCCCUGCCUGCGCCCCAUUUGUGGACGGGAGAGGGGAGCACCACGGGAAGCACUCAGGGAAGCAGACCGGGGCCUGGCAAGGCCGUGGACGUCUCCAUCGGACCUGCCAGCUCUUGCCCCGGCAGGCGGACUGCUGUGCCGGGGAGGGGCACACGCAGGUGCACACGGUGCAUUCAGAAGUGCGUGUGGGCACGUACCUGGGGACUGCUGAUCUGCAGAUGCCAGUGAGAGUGUUCUGGAUGGGGCUUGUGGGCCUGUCCGUGCCUUUGCUGUGGGCGCGCAGGACCGUGUAGUGGGUGCAGGCCCCACAGAGGUGCGGCUGGGCAGCGGGGAUACCCUUCGCAGCCCUGGGGCAGGGGCAGUACGUGUUCUCCGGGAGGCCAGGCCAAGGCUUGCCCAGGGACCGAGACCCCCCAGCUCUGGCGUCUUCUCCCAUGUCUGAGGCUGUCCCCAACCUGGAGGCAACUGGGAAACCGGAAGGAGGGUGGUCAUCAGCCAGCGGCCCCUGGCUCCCAGGACAAAUGCUCCUUCCGGCAGCUGUGUGGCAGAGUCGGACCACAGCCAGGGCGGAUCUGCGGGAGCAGAGGACGGGCUGCCCCCAGCCGUCCCACCUUGCGGCCUCCGCCUACCUCACAGCGCUGUGGUGAGGAUCAGUGGAUGACAGCGGGGAAAGAGCCCGGGACGGUGUGCGCUACUGGGUUGUCUGGGUCACCCUUUUAGCUUUCAGGAAGGGUUGUCCCUCUGACUGGAGCCGAGAGAAAGUUGGGGGUGGGCUUUCCCGGGGGCCUGCAAGCGGGCCAGAGGAUAAAGGAGCAAAACUUCUGCCUCCCCCCCGCACCCCCCGCCCCCCGCCACGUCCCGCCUGACCACCUCUGGUUCUCCAGGGCCAGCACUCCCCUGUCACAGCUGCCUGGUGAGGCCACUCCUUCACCUACAGACCAGUCAUCUCUCUAAAUGGCUGGGGGCAGUGGAUUCAGGACUCGCAGGAAGGCCUCCGAGUUGUUUGCUGAACUCAGCAAAUGUUGGCAUGGCCUCUUUGUGUCGGGGCUGGUCCUGCAGACACAGACACAGACACAGGGGAAGAAUGUGCUGCUUUCCUUCCAGUCGGUCCCUUCCCUGGUAAUGUCAUCACACUGAUCCCAGAGGAGCACCCGCCCUCCCGGCCCCCAGUGCCGGGCCUCCUCCCAGCCCCACGGAGUCCCUUUGUCCCUGACCUGGAGACAUGCCCUUCUGUCUCUCCUGUUUCCUUGGCCAGCACCUCCUGUGCCAAGACCAGGGGACCCCUUCCCAGUUUUAGAUUGGCGGUUGACUUUCCCCGGCUCCCCUCGGGGUCUCAGGCAGCUUCCAGAGGCACAGGAUCAAAUCUGUGGGAGAACCGCGUGGUGAUGAGGGGUAAGGGAGCAUGUGGGCGCCCUCAGACUGAGGGGUUCAGCUGAGGCUGGGACAGGAAGGGCCCUGAACGCUGGGGUAAGGGGCUUGAUGAGUCCUUAUCCUGUAGGAGGUGGGACCUUUCCCCCAACCUUCUCCACUAUGACUCCUGGGAAGGUGGGGGAGGAAACAUCCGGUACCAGCACCUUAGCCACAGCUGGUGCUUUGGUUCUUUACUUUAUUAAAUCAGGGAUUUGGCAAACCUAUGUCCUUGCAGACUCCUAAGACACACGGAACCCCAAUAAAUAAAAGUGCCACUUUUUGGGGA